UGAGAUCCGAAAAGUCCGAAUGUACUCAAUUCAGAGUCUCAAGUACUGGCAGCAGUGCUUUCCCCCCGGUGCACUGAUGCCCGAAACGUGUGGUCGUGUGCAAGCUUGUGAGAUGGCAUCAACGCCGCCUUUCCACGCCUAGCAGGACUCACACGCAAGUCCAUCCCUCGGGCGAAGCAGUUAUUAGCAGCCUUCCUUUAUAUCACAACCACGUUCUUGCCCCUUCUUCUCGUCCGUGUUACACUCCUACAUCCUGAAUUCGUUAGAAUGCAGAAAACGUUGAGCAGCAGGCCCCUUGCGUUGCACGCAACUGCCGCGUCUAUCUUGGCCUACGCCUGGUCGAGGAUCGGAACCCUUCCUUUCGAUGAGUUGAUCAGCAAGCAAAAGGGUGGGCAUCUUCAGUUUCUUACAAUCCAAGCGCUUGUGGGCGCAUGGGCGUAUAUGGGACUUUGUCUCGUUUGGGAUCUCUUCCCCGGAGUUCGUCAACUUGGACUGAUCCGCUCCGUCAAGAGGAUGCUCCUCAUGGUAGCUUUGCCGCUCGCCUUCGUGGUGACGAGCAUCUAUUGGUCACUGUACUUUUUCUUUCCGAAGUUGAUUCUUCGUCCGGAAAACUCUUUCGCUGGCGCACAAGAUUCACCUAGUCCCUCCCCAACGUUAGUUCGUCCUCCGCUACAUGUCGACAUGGCCAUGCACGUCGCGCCUUUCGUUACGGUCCUUGCCGACUUCCUCGCCUUCGAACGAAAGUUGAGCAGCUGGCAGCUGAACAAAUCUGCACCAAUCACUCUCCUUCUUUACGGAAUCCUAUAUGCUUGCUGGGUCGAAUAUUGCAGUUCCCACAAUGGUGUUUUCCCAUACCCUUUCUUGACGAUCAACCCACCAGAAGGCCGUGCUGUGGUAUAUGCCUGUGUCACUGCAUUGGCAUUUGUUUCCUUGAGAUUCCUGAACUGCCUGCACGCAUAACUGCACCCAUCUACCUUUAUAUGGAGUGCUAUACGACUCAGGUGAUACCAGCGCACUUCAUAUUAUUUACCCCAGGGAUCUUGAACAUCUUUUAUGCCACAUAUUUGA